UCUAUCGUCCCGGAUGGGGCCUGGGCAUAUCAUCAACCAUUGGAUUAAAAAGAGGGAAGGGCCCACCUUCUGUCACCGUCCCUGCUGUUAACGCAAACUCAACGCCAAGCGCAUCAAACUCAGAAGCGGCAGUGAGAGGAGAGCAGGAAAUGUACUACGUUAUCGAUUCUUAAUUCUGUUCCGAGUUUUAUCUGCCCGAUUUUGAUCAAUGGGGAGCGUUUCGUCCGAAGAUGGGUUCGACCAAUUGAGCGAGCGGUUCGAGAGCUACAGUUUGAGUGCGGACAUCGGCGACUCGGAGACCUCUAGUUCUUUGACGUCUUCGCCGCUUGCCGGACCCGACUUCGUCGACAAUCCCGGUUUCCCGGCGCCGGUGCCCGUGUUGUUGCCUGUGGUCGGGGGUAGACACGUCGUGAUUCCGGCUAAGAGGACUGAGAAACCGGUGGCGGAGUUAUCCGAGGUUGAGUUGAUGAAAGAGCGGUUUGCUAAGCUUCUACUUGGAGAAGAUAUGUCUGGUGGAGGGAAGGGAGUUUGUACCGCUCUUGCUAUCUCCAAUGCCAUCACAAACCUUUCCGCUACUGUGUUUGGGGAGCUGUGGAAGCUGGAGCCAUUGGCUCCUCAGAAGAAAUCAAUGUGGCAUCGAGAAAUGGGAUGGCUUUUAUGCGUGAGUGACUCUAUUGUAGAACUCAUUCCAUCUGUGCAAGAAAUCCCCGGAGGUGGCACCUUUGAGGUCAUGGUGACUCGGCCUCGGUCGGAUUUAUAUGUGAACCUCCCAGCACUCAAAAAAUUAGAUGCAAUGUUGCAUGGAAUUCUAGAUGGGUUUCACGAUUCAGAGUUCUAUUACGUUGAUCGUGGGAUAAUUGUUGCUGGCAGUGAUGACAUAGAAGCAUAUAAUUUGUCUAGAUCCCCAGUAAGACCUUCAGUUAGGCAGGAAGAGAAAUGGUGGCUCCCCUUCCCGAAGGUCCCACCAAAUGGUUUGUCUCAAGGUGUGAGGAAAAAAUUGCAGCACUCCAGGGAAUGCACAACUCAGAUCCUUAAGGCUGCCAUGGCAAUUAAUAGCAGUGUGUUGGCUGAGAUGGAAAUCCCAAUUUCUUACUUGGAGAGCUUGCCCAAGAGUGGAAAAGCUCAUUUAGGCAAAAUCUUAUACCGUUACAUUACUGCCGAGAAAUUCUCCCCAGAGUCUCUCCUUGACUACUUAGAGUUUUCAUCAGAGUACACAACUCUGCAUAUAGCAAACAGGAUAGAGGCUGCUGUGCACAUUUGGAGGCGGAAGAAUCUGGAAAGGCAUCCAAUUCAUGCAACAGCUGGGAAGUCAACAUGGGGUGGCAAGGUUAAGGGUUUCGUCGGUGACAUAGAAAAGACUAAGCUUCUAGCAAGUAGGGCUGAGACCCUCUUACAGAAUUUAAGGCUAAGGUUCCCUGGUCUCCCACAGACUGCUUUGGAUAUGAGCAAGAUUCAGUAUAACAAGGAUGUUGGGCAGUCGAUCCUUGAGAGCUAUUCUAGAGUGAUGGAAAGCUUAGCCUUUAACAUAAUGGCAAGAAUUGAUGAUCUUCUAUAUGUAGAUGAUGCCACUAAGCAACGUGCUGCAGCAGCAACAGUCGCAGCAGACUCAACAUCACUGUAUGAACAGGCAAGGUUUGGUUGUGCUCUUCCGAAACAGAAGUGGAUGAUGUCACAGAGCCCCUUCUCAAUUCAACACUUGCCCUGUGCUUCUCCAUUCACAAUACCGGCAUUCCAUUCUAGUCAAAUAGAUGAAAGCCCUGGUGGAAGGACACAUCAUGCAGUAAAGAAUUGAAGGUACACACUGGAUGAGAAGUUAGAAAAAUUAACUUUUCAAUGAUGUAGAAAUAGGAAUAUAGGAUCUGGGAAUCUCAUUGCCUCAUUCGAAACUGUUAUGCUUCUGAAUUAGUUUGAGCUAAUAAGUCCGUCAAAUGCAGCUGAAGAUCUACUAUUAGACUGAUCGGUAAUUAAAUUAGAACCCACAAUUCUGUAUAUUUUAUGAUUGCAGAACGAUGCCAGAAAUUCUUGAUGUACCUUGCAUCUAGUGGUGUGUGAUUUUCUCUCUA